AUGACCUAUGCACGUAUGGUCUACUCUGACACAAACGAGAACGACCAGUUCUUCACUGACCAAACAAUCAAUGGUGUCAACAGUGUAUAUCAUAGUAGUGCAGCUAAUAAUACACCAACCAACAACGGUGGUAAUAAUAGUCUUUUGAAUAAUAACUUUGCCUAUAGUAAUAACGGUAACAAACAAGUCAAUCAUAAUAACAAAGCAAUGAAGGCAAGUCUUAGUAAUAACGGUAUCACCAAUGCAAUGGAAAUGAUUCAGAAUAAGAUUAGCCAACAGCAACAACAACAACAACAACCACCACAACCUAUAGCUAUCAACUCGGAAGCAGUGUCUGCCACCUCUUCUUCUGGAACGAUACCGUCGCACCAACUCGACGCCGUCAACUACAUCCACACUGCGGCUUCCACCAACACACCAACCAUUUUACAUUUACAACAACCACUGCAGCACAUUUUAGAACAACAGAAACAAAAGGAAGACGAAGCCAACGAGGAGAAUGAAGAGUCUGAUGAUUCCUUCUCGGACUCUGACAGCGAUUCCGAUGAUGACGACGACGACUCCUCCUCCGACGACGAAGAAGAAGAACCAUCCGGUCCAACCAAAAGAGUUAGAAGGGUUGAAGAUAUCACCCCAGUAGACCCGGUUCUCAAGCAACCAAUCUAUAUUGUACAACAUAAUAUCCCAUUUUUCGUGAAGGGAAUGAACAAUCAUCUCAUGGACAAAGACAUCCAGCCAUUCCAACUCGAUUGCUUUGGAAGUGGAUUCGUUUUUGAACCACUCGAGAACAAUGAAGUCAAACUCACCUACGUUCUCCAAUUGACCAAGUCUGACUGGAUGGAGGAUGAAGCAGAGGUACUCCUGGAUGAUCUCGCUAGAUCGAGAAGUCGUUCCAUCUCCACUUUAAUUUCACAUGCUUAUCAUUUAUCAAGAGCUUAG